AACUUCCAUUCCGGCAAUGCAAAUUGUGAUGAAGCACCUGCUGACGGGGAAGUCAAUUCACUUCCAAGUUGCCCUACGAUGCAUCUCUACACAAUCAACAAGAUUUUCCCGCUUGGCGGAAGUGGGAAAAUUGGAGACACCAAAGAUUCAGGGGAAAUACGAUACAGGACAACUUUUCCUGCAUCGAGUCUUUGGCUACCGCGGCGUUGUUCUCUUCCCGUGGUUGGCACGCGUUUACGACAGAGAUAUUCCCAAUACACAGGCAGCACCUAUCAAAACAGAAGCUGACCCAAGUGCAGAGACGCCAUCCGGUAAUGUUAGUAAGGAAGUCAAGGGCACAACACAUACUUUCUACCAAGUCCUCAUCGAUUCACGAGACUGCCCUUUUAUUAGGGCUCAGACUGAGGCUGUAACUUUCUUGGGCAAUCAGGAUAGUAGCAGAAGUCUCUAUGCCAUCCCAGGGCUGGAUUAUGUUGCCCACGAGGAUAUUCUUCCGUAUUCAUCAGGUGAAAAGGCGCCGCUCCAUCAUGAGCUCUUCGACAAGUUCCUCACGUAUCAGCCAGAGAGGGAUCCUCCUUUUGAGGCGCAGGACACACUAAUUGCGUGGCAGAAGAAGAACCAUCCAUGGCUGGAGUUAUCAGACGUACACAAGGAAACCACUGAGGGAGUUCGAGUGACGGUGAUUCCAUUUUACAUGGGUUGCCGAGAAACUCCAGCAGCUUCUGUCUAUUGGUGGCGGUACUGCAUCCGCCUGGAGAAUCUCGGAGAAUUAAGCGUACAACUUCGAGAGCGGCACUGGAGGAUAUUUUCACUCUCUGGGACACUUGAAACGGUUCGUGGCCGAGGUGUGGUGGGCCAAGAACCAGUUCUAAGUCCACGUCUUCCGGCUUUCCAAUACAGCAGCCACGUGAGUCUCCAAGCUCCAAGCGGACAUAUGUGGGGAACUUUUCGUCUAGAGCGUGAGGACGGACACACUUUUGACUGUAGAAUCCCGCCUUUCUCUCUUGAGAGUAAACCCGAUGAUGGAGGAAGUGUUCCUCCAGAAGAGAAUGUGUGAUUCAAAAUAUUAUUUAUUCGAAACUUCAGGAAAUUAUAAAUUUGAGACAAAAAUGUAAAA